CGCUGAACUAUCCGAAGUUGACGGGGUUCCGGGUCGUUUACGUUUUUGCUGAUCGAGAUGACGUCGUUUCUUUCUAUCCGCGCGCAGUCCCAGUUUUCAUCUUUUUGUUUUUUUCCCCUUCCUCUGUGAGUUCGGUAAUUAGUUGCGCGAGCUCAAUCUUCUGGUUAGGGAUCUCGUGCCUCUCUCUCUAGUAUCGCCGUCGCAGAACGCCUCUGUCGUCGAUCACAGCUCCAAUUUCUUCUCUUUAUCUCCGUCUUUCUCCUUCUCCUGUCUCCUUCAAUAUCGCUAUCACAGCUCCAGUUUCUUCUCCAUCGGUGCCUUCUUCUGCGAAAGGAAGGAAAGGACAAAUUCCUAAUCCAGGGAUCUCCAGCUACCGUUUCAGCUGGCUGAAUUGCGUGUCCGAUACUUCUGUUGCAAGGUAAUCGAUUGAUUGCUCAAACUUUCGAUCUGAUCUCUGGGCUUGCUUCCUGUUGAUAGAAAAUUGUCAUGGAUUGCGAGAAUUAUAGAUCGUUUUUAGCAUCUCGUUUUGUAGAUUAGUAAUUGGUCCUCGAUUUUGAUCCCUUUAUGUUUUCGAUCGGAAGCUUUACUUGUUUUGCUAUUGCAAGGAGAUGGUUGUUUGCCAUCUAAUGAAAGGCGAGCGCCAGCUGGUAUCAUCAAUCAGCUGAUGAAAUUAUUGGCAACUUAUGAGAAUUGGCAGUGGGCCUGUUUUCAGAUGUGUUGAGAAAGAACAUCAUUCUCUGACUGGGAAUAAUAACUUUGGGAGGACAAAGAUGCUGAGAGGGAAGAGGAGAACUCCUUCGUUGGUUGAUCUUUGUGUCGAAUUGGCAAUUGAAAACGUGAAGUAUCUUGGAGAUGUUGGGGAGACUGAUUCGCACCUUCUUAGCCGGAUUUUACCGCAUUGCACCCUCGAACAGUUGACUCAUGUGGAGAAGAGUACAGUAGGGCGAGAUCUUAGUACAGUGACUGAUCCAUUGUGGAGGAAAUUCUAUGAGAAGCAUUUCGGUCAGAGCAGCACUAAUCUUGUACUUGAAAGGAUGAAGCAGAAGAAAGUUUCAUUCCAAUGGAAACAACUAUAUGAGGCAAAGGUGAAGGAUGUUGAGGACGCAGAAAAUAAAGCAGUCGCUCGUCUUCGGGAACGAUACAAAAGCGAAGAUGCCCUCUUUACAGUGGUCAACAGAAAGGUUUUCAUGUGCCUGCUGGACUCGUUGUCAAAACCGCCACUUCAGCACACCCCUUGCUAUUUGGAAGGGUUGGGUGAGGAACACAUGGAAAGUACAUGCUUCUGUGUGCCUCUUCUCAUUUGAGCAGGCACAUUGGAAGUGUGCUUAAUUAGUUUCAAGGUUUUUUCGUACCUUGUUCUCAUGGACGUCAGCAUUUCAGGCUGAAUUUGCUACGACUCACUAUUUCGAUUGAUGAUGAAGCCAUCUGCUAGAACAUUACAGGUUCCCACCUUAAAGUCCACAAAAUAUAUAAUAAAACAUGAAAAGGUAUCCUGGACUAGAAUCUAUUGAACCACUGUCUGAUACAUUGAUGUUUAGAGAUAUCAUUGACAUUGUUGUUGAGAAUGAUAGCAUAAGUACUGCAUCAUAAUGUCUGGUGUAAUUUAGAAAGUCUGUACUUUGCUUUGCGCCUGAGCUGCCUAGCCUAACAAGUCCCUAGCCAGUUGAUGCAUUACUUUGUGGCAAAGGCCACUUAAAUUUAACAUGGUGAAACAUCCAUUUGACAAAAAUGUGCCUCCCUUCCCCUAGACAACAGUAUCUCUAUUAAUUGUACUUUCUCUAUUCGGUAAAAUUUUGAGGUCAUGGAUUCUCUGCUGUGCCUCACUUUGAUGGUAUGUCUUUUUCCUGGGUGUUCCAAUCUUAUAAUGGUGAUUUCUCUUGUCUCUGUUUCAUGAAUUAAAUAUUAACUAUUUUUUUUAUCAGAAUGAUGAGAAGUAGCACAUGUAAUGCAGAGAACGGUCACAUCAAACCCAAAACGCUUAUGGUGAUCACUCAUGGGUGAUCGUCGAAGCGUAGUAGUUUAACAAUUUACACUAUUUGGAGAAAUGGUGAUUGGUGUGCCCCCUUUUGGUAGACAUAGUUUGAUGAUCCAGUCAUUUUUCUCCAUUUCUCAUGAAUGAAGAAUUUGUAAUCUAUCUCUAAGAUAAUUUUUGCCAGACAUAUUUUGUUGUCGAUUUGCAAUCCAAGCUCUUUUGCCAAUUUGCAACUGGCAUGUUCUCCUUAAAUACCGUACUUCAUAGUCCUCACUUCUUACAUGAUAACUUUGUGAUGUACAAACAUUUUCAGGGAAACAAAGUCGGCAAAUCCAGCUUUGCUCCAAGGUUCCACCUUCAAGCAAUAAAAGAGGCUUUUGGGGAAGUGGUUAUGAUCUUGGAAACUCAAAGAGCAACAUUAUGAAGAAGGCAAAACUAGAUUUCCUGAAGAGUCACGAACUGAAAAAUAUUGCAGCCAUGAACAAAGGUGCGGCACAGAGAAGGAUCGGUUCUACUUCUUCUACUGCCAUUAUGAAGCCAAGCAGCAGCAUUGCUGCAAAAAAUCCCCACAGUUCUGCUUUGUCGACCACCAUAAGGAAGCCAAGCAGCAGCUUUACCGGGAAAAACCCUUCUCGUGCUUCAUCAUCCUCUGGUCCGGCUUCGAUUGGAAGAAGGUUCUAGACUUUGGAACCUGUAUCCUCAUACACAGAGGCAGAGAAUUAUAGAGAGACAACAUAAAAAUUGAUUCUUUGCGCACUCUGGCAUAUACUACUGCCCUUUCCCUUGCACAUUGUUGAGGGUGGUGAUUAAGUCCGGGAAAAAAAGGAUGCAUGCCUUGGCCUUUGUCUGCCUGCCUGUAUGCUUUGUACAUCUCGACCAAAUCACCAUUAUUUAUCGUGGCUCAUUUCUGAUGCAAAUUGUAUAAGCUUAACUGGUCGUCGCGCAUCGUCUUCAUCGAUACGACUUGCGGUACUUGGUGAGAGAAUCUCCCAUGUGUUUGUAUUUUGUAAAAAUAUGUCUCGGUAGCUAGCUUUCUAGUAGCCAAGUCGCUUAUCCAUCUUCCGUUGCAAAUUGCCCGGAGUGCAGAUUAUAUGGGGAAUGUAUAAGCUAUAUCUUUAGCUAAACCCGUAAAUCGAUAUACACAUCAUUGGUCAAUGUUUGUGUAUCACAUGAGAUUAACGAUUCAAUAUAUGGCUAAAAUUGCA